CUGAGCAGGGAACGUAAUUUUUUUUAAAUUUCGAAGCAAAAUAUCUCGAAAAUAUUCUAGACAUAUAGUUUAAUCUAUAUAUAUAUAUAUAUAUGCUAGACACUAUUUAAUUAGUUUAUAAAUUACAAAAAAGUUUUUGAUACCUAACGUUCUUUCGAAUGAUAAAGACAUUAGCUACAUCAUUGUCACAAGAAACUAGAAUCUCAAAUUAAGUAAAAAAUGAACAAGAUCUACGCUCAACCGCCGCAACAGGCUAUCAGUUCAUCUUACCCCUGUGAACAUUUGGCAAGUUUCGCUCGCUCAGAACAAUCAAAUUUAACAGCUCAAGAUUAUAUGGAAAAAUUGAAAAGAAUGGAGCAGACGUCGGGCGUGUGGACGAUGAAGGUGCGUCUGGUCGUCAUGCCAGGCUCAAUAGAUGUCGUUGAUCCCAACAGCGGACAUCUCGUCGAAAGCUUCCCAAUGAGUUCUGUCAAAGAUUUGGAAAGUGUAUCUGCGUCGGUAGGCAGUGCACAAGGACGGGACGUCAUUCUCUUCAGCACCUCCGACCAACAACUCCAUGAGAUGCAUCUUUUCCAGACCGAGAAACCAGGGAACAAUUUUGUGGCUGACGUUCAAGAGGCGAAGAGGAGUAUAAAUCCAAUAAAGAGAACAUACAUCCAUACCAAACUUCCCGAAAUUGGAAACAUUGAAGAUGAUGCCAGGAGGCCAGAGGGCGUCGGAUGGUCCCGUCAGCAGGCAAGUGUCGACUACAUAACAACAUCUGAAUUCUCUACUCAGCAACUCUUGGACUACCUCUUCUCAGACAUCCAAAUGUUUGUCUCGCAUUUGAACCAGAUAGCUCAGGCAUUUGAAAAUAAAAGAAAGAGGAUGACUGUAAGGUCGUCUGGCUUGGGAGAUGGUCUGCUGAGUAUGAGAUGCAAACCCCCGCCUGCCAAAGAUUUUUUUGAUAUCCUACAAAAGUUCAAACUUUCAUUCAUUCUCAUUGCGAAACUGAAACAGAAGAUAUGCAAACCGAAUGCACCUGAGCUUGUUCACUUCCUCUUCAAACCGCUCAUGUUGGUGGUCAGUGCAUGUUCGGACCCAAGAGAGGAAUAUUCUGAACUGGUGAGGCGUGUGGACAACCCCCUGAUAACUGAAGAAGUUAGGAACUUGUUUGAAAACUGUCUCGAUACGUCAGAAACUGAGACUUGGAUCAAACUUGGUCCAGCUUGGAACUCAACGAGCAAACAGUGGCCUGAAGAGCUACCUCUAUACAGUCCCGUCUUCUUGAAUGGGUGGUCACCACCUCUUGAUUGGAUGAGAGAAAUUCUUCAUGAUUCCACUUCAGCGAGGUCACAAUCUCCACCAAUGCAAACGAAAGAAAAGUUUUUGAAAGAUCUUAUUGCUAAGAAUGCCAAAAUCUACAUCGUGAAGUCGUCUAAGGAGGCGGCCAAUACGAAAGAACUUUCAAUUGAAAAGUCUGAAAUUGUAGAGGCCGUGGCGGCACCUGACUCAAAAAAUUGGUGGAAGGUGAGAAAUUACAAGUCCGAGUGUGGGUUCGUACCGAAGUCCCAUUUGGAACGCUAUAUGCCUUCAUGAACCACGACAUUUUGCAGAGUUAAAAGUUGUUGCAUAACUCGUUAAAUUGUCGCAAGCUAACAUUGCGGUGUAAAAAUUCAUCUUGAUUUCUUUUAGUUACUAUCUUAUAAAAGAAAAUAUUUCAGUAUGUUAAACACGAAAUUGUAAAAAAAAA